CUAUGAGAAAAUUAUCCCUUUAAAGGAAGAAUAUGUCUUCAAGAAAAAACAACAGCUUUUCAGGAUAUCAGAAGGUCCGACAAGUUAAAAAGAAGUUUUGUGCAAUGUUUGCGAUCGACAUUGAGAUGUGAUCUACGUGUUGUCAGUUUAUACAUUACAUCGUCAGAUUUUUAAAUUAUAUUUUCGCAAAGUGUAUUUACAAUUAUUUUUGUUAUACCUUGACGACAUACUUCACUUUCGUUGAAGACGUGACUGAAUAAAAUUUUGAAGUUCUUGGAGCAUAAUAAAAAAUUAUCGAAGAUCAGAAGCGGACAGUAAUGGAUUCAAAUCGAAAUCUAUUCGUCGAGACGCCAAAAUACAGGGGUCAUAUAUAACUGUCCGCGAGUUUCCGUUUGGUGCAACGAAUCCAUAGACCUACCUUAAGUCCGUCGAAUAGGACUUAACCGGAAUGUCAGCAGGUCUUCACGUCGGCCAAGGGCAUACGAGCCUCCCUAGGUCGAGAAAGGAUGGCAACAUCGAUUUGGCUCAUCAUCAUAAAAAUGUCAUUUUUUCUAAUAAUUACUGGUGAUUGUUCCCGAUAUUGUUUAUCAAGUAUCAUCGAACACAAUGGACAAUAGUGGACUUCGAGUGGAAGAUGAAACACAGAGCAAUCACAGCAGGCGGCAGAGCGUAUCCACUAAUAACACAAAUAGUUUUGUCGAGGUUAGCCAAAGUGAUUCAGAUUCAAAUACAAAAACGGAAAAUGUAUCAUCAAGAGUACCAUCAGGGAGUCCAUCACCCCAAAGAACAAGAUCUUCGACAGAAUCGUCUUCAUCUCGCGUGAACAGAAACACACAUGCUGUUGAGAACAGUAAAGAUAUGAUAUACCAGAUGGAUAAAAAUGGAAUUCAAUCCGCUUCGCCGAAAAACCAUCGUAAAUUAUCUAAAACUAGUGUUUAUCCCGCGGGAGCAAACCUGACCGUUCGAGAUGCGUUUGGUCCUAAGCUAACGGCGCCAGCAACUCCAGAAGAUUCUCCGCCAUUAUUGGACCCACCAAUAUUUCCGGACGAUAUACCCAGAGAUUCUCUGUUACGAAAGGACUCGUCUUCAGAAACGGAAGUAGAUCCCGAAACUCUUUAUUUUCGAGAUGGUCGUAGACGAAUCGACAUGGUGUUGGUGUACCAAGAAGAUAACAAUGGUGUGUUGACUGAAUUAGAAGCGCGUCGAAAAGAACAAAGACGGGUUUUUCAGCAGAAUCUACUGAAAGAGGGUUUGCAAUUAGAACUAGAACCAAAGGAGAACUCUUUUGAUAGGAAAACGUAUUUUUUAAAACUACAUAUUCCAUGGAAGACUAAAAUUCAAUAUGCCGAAGUGAUGAACUUGAAACUACCUACUAAAAGGUUUAUCACGAUCUCUGUUAAAGCUUGGGACAAUGAGAAUGCGAAGCAGAGACCGAAACUUUGGGACAAGUGGACGCGGUGUAUAAGUUGGAUAAAAAAGCUGCAUACUUGGGAUACUAAAAAAUACGCUGAAGAACCGAGUUUUUAUGAUAGUAUCGACUCUGGGGAUCGAGAAGAGAGAUUUGUAGUAAAAGAUAGGGAUACAGCUUACACGCCUGCUCAAAGGUCAUUAAUAGUGAUGCAAAUACUGUUGAGAGCAAGGUACGAUGAAACUCAUGAGAAGUCCGGCAUUCGUCGACUUCUGGCUGAUGGUACUUACCUCGAUUGUUAUCCUUUACACGAGGGACCUUACAAUAAACCAGGGCUCAAUGGAGAAAUUCUUGAUAGGCAUUUGUUAUACUUAAUAUGGGCUAGACCUUCUCAAUGGUACAAAAGACAACCUCUGUGGUUAGUUAGGCGAUAUUUUGGGGAGAAAGUGGCACUGUAUUUUGCAUGGUUAGGAUUUUACACGAAAUGCUUGUAUCCCCCAGCAAUUGUUGGACUGUUGUGUUUCAUGUAUGGUGUAGGAAGCAUGGACAGCCCUGAUAAUAUACCGAGUAAAGAGAUAUGUGAUUCUAAUAUAGCAGGAAAUAUCACAUUAUGCCCUCUUUGCGAUAAAGCGUGCGAUUACCAGACACUUGGCGAGUCUUGCAUAUUUUCAAAAUUAACUUAUUUAUUCGACAAUCCUGCUACCGUAUUUUUCGCUAUUUUUAUGUCAUUUUGGGCUACAACCUUUCUCGAAUUAUGGAAACGAAGGCAGGCUGUGAUAAUUUGGGAAUGGGAUCUCCAGAACGUUGAAAGUGACGAAGAGCCUAGACCCGAGUUUGAAACCACGGUAAAGACGUUUCGAAUAAAUCCUGUAACUAGGGAAAGGGAGCCUUACUUACCAACGUGGUCUAAAGCCUUACGUUUCUGUGCCACGGGUUCUAUAGUAUUUUUUAUGAUAUGCGUGGUUCUGGGUGCCGUACUGGGAACCAUUAUCUAUCGUAUAUCACUCGUGUCGGUGUUUUACAGUGGUGGAGGAUCAUUCUUAAAAAAACACGCAAAAAUCUUCACCUCUAUCACUGCUGCUCUUGUGAACUUGAUAAUCAUUAUGUUACUUACGCGAGUGUAUCAUCGUUUAGCACGAUGGAUGGUUAACAUGGAGAACCCUAGAACCCAGACUGAAUACGAGUCUAGUUUCACUUUCAAGAUAUUUCUUUUCGAAUUUGUCAAUUUCUACUCGUCUCUCAUUUACAUCGCCUUCUUCAAGGGGAGGUUCUUCGUUCAUCCGGGUGACGCUGACGCAAGAUCUUCAGAGUUCUUUCGCAUAAAAACGGACGUGUGCGAUCCAGCUGGUUGUUUAUCGGAAGUUUGCAUACAACUUGCUAUUAUAAUGGUGGGCAAACAGUGUUUCAACAAUUUUGUGGAGAUAUUGUCGCCGAAAUUGAGGAAUUGGUGGCGCAAAAGGAAUCACGUAUCCGCUACUAAGGAUCACGAUCGCCAGUACACUUGUUGGGAGAAGGAUUAUCAAUUGCAAGAUCCUGGCAGACUUGCUUUGUUCGAUGAAUAUUUAGAAAUGAUUUUGCAGUAUGGAUUCGUGACCUUGUUCGUUGCCGCCUUUCCAUUAGCGCCGUUGUUUGCACUACUAAAUAAUAUAGCGGAGAUACGUUUGGACGCUUAUAAAAUGGUGAAAGAAGCAAGGAGACCGUUGGCAGAGAGGGUGGAAGAUAUAGGCGCUUGGUUCGGUAUACUUCGAGGGGUGACUUAUGUUGCAGUAGUAUCAAAUGCAUUCGUUAUUGCUUACACAUCGGAUUUCAUUCCACGCAGCGUGUACGCGAUUGUUUAUUCACCAACGAACGAUUUGGUAGGGUAUAUCGACAGUUCUCUGUCGGAAUUCAAUACAUCUGAUUAUCGAGAAGACAUGAAGAGCGAUAUGAAGUCGAAGCAUCCGGAAACUUGUCAAUACAGAGGCUAUAGAAAUGGACCGGAUCAUCGGACCGAUCCGUACGGACUUAGCCCACAAUAUUGGCACGUCUUCGCGGCUCGUUUAGCCUUCGUUGUUGUUUUUGAGCAUCUCGUUUUUGCUUUAACGGGUAUAAUGAGUUACGUUAUACCAGCCGUGCCUCAAGCUUUGGCUACACAAUUGCAACGGGAGCGUUUACUCGCUCAAGAGGCCAAAUAUGAAAAAGGUUUGAAGAGCAGAGAAGACGAAGAUGACAUCCUCUCCAUGCUGAGAGAAGCAGGAAGCAUUGGAAGAGCUGCAGGUGGUGGUAGAGGUAGUUGGGCCAGACGGUUCAGCAAACUGAGCGAUGGUUUGGAUGCUCAUGUUGAUGUAGCUUCCAGACAAAACAGGAACAGCGAUGGUUCGACUGUAUGGGAAGUUACAUAACUUUCCUAAUUAACCACUUAGUGAGACUAUUAACGUAAUGAGACUAUUACGUUUUCUCUUUGAGAAGUGUACUUAAAAACAUUUUUAGAAUAUUUAAUUUAUUUGUGCAAAAGUGUAUUAGUUCUACCGUACGUAUGUUCUACCUAUGUACAGUUAUGGUAAGUACUAAUGUAAGAACAAAGUAAGUACAAACAAUAAUUGUGAUAUCUUAGAAAUACAUAAAAACAAAAGAAGAAUACGUACUUGAAAUGGAAAGCCAAAAAUAAUUUUUGAUGCUUCUUGAAUGUACGCUGUUAAGGAAAGUGUUAAUAAUUACUUAGAAAGACUUGAACACUUAAUGCUCGUGAGAUCAAUGAUAUAUGUGUGUGAUUUACGACACCAAUGUUAUCAGUAUUACCUCUUUUACAAAUAUUUAAAAUGCAAUUCUCUAUUUUCGAAGAUGAUAUUUUAUUCUUAUAAUUAUAGAUAGAAUUGUUGACGAUGUAUGAAUAGAGUGUUGCUUGAUAAUAUAGCAAAACUUAUUGUUCCAGACUUUUUGAUCUUGUAACUUUUUAACAUGAAAGUUUGAAUGUUACUUUCUUAAUGAAACAAAAUUGUGUAUAUACGUGUAUAGUCGUUUACAACAGUGUGUAUCAUUUUUAAAGUCUCUAUUGAUAAACCAUUCCAGCAUGUUACACAGAAAUUUAGAUGUUAUGUACGUAAAUAUUUUUAAGUAAUUGUUAAAAGAUGGUGCAUCAUAAAAAGAUACAAAUUUUAUAAUACAGGAAAUGAGAGUUAUAAAUUGUUUUGCGAUGUUUACAGUCUUACAGAAAGGGAUAAAAAAUUCUUGAAAAAAAUCUAUACAAUAUACUCUUUAUUGUACAUAAUUUCAAUAUUUCAUUCUUCGUCUUACGCUUGACAUUAUUACAAUAAUUACUAUAGAAUAUAUUUAUAAUAAUAUACAUGUACAUAUUUACUUCUUUUUUUUUUUCUUUCUAUUGAUUCGAUUUAUAUGUAUAUUGGCCUAUGAAUCAUUCCAUACUGCACUUUCUUGCGUCUUCUGUUUCCUUUUUAAAAUCUAAAAGUGUAUCACAGUUGUGUUGAGGGAUAGAUAGGGAUUUGUUUUAAAGAAAAGGAGACCGUUCAGACCGAAAUCGAUACCUAGUCCAUUCAGUCGGAUCUCCUUCAGAUCUGAUGGACGACACUAAACAAAUUUGACAUCGUUAAUUUGUUCAAUAAACGGCUGCGAUGAAAUGUAUCAUACAUUCCUAAUAGUCCGCGAAAGCGACUAUAAUAUAAAACAUUCAACAUCGUUUAAUUUAAGAUAUAUUCUGUUGAAAGAUAAAUUAUCAAGAAACUCGUCGUUUUAUAUGUAAUUUUUAAAA